AGCGAAGCACUUGUGGUUCUGAACUAAUGAGAUUCAUCCCCACAAGGCUUUGCCACUGACGGUUAUCCACCAGAUGAUCACACUGAAGGAGUGCCAGAGCCAGUGUAUCCACAAACUGGGAGAACUGAGGUUUGACAAGACUGAGGACUUCUUUGGCAGCUACUUCCACUACCUCCAGUAUGGCUACUACAUGUUGAAUACAGGUCUACCAGCCAUCCAGGCAUGGGCCACACAGCUACAGUUGGAACCCCACAGUGAUGUGGCCAAGAAAAACGUCUGUCUUCUACCGACAGCAACAUGGAGUCACUCGCAAGGACUUCAUUCCAUGAGAGGAUGUACAGCCACUGGUAGAGUCCAGGGAUCUGGAGCAUUCCUUCAUGCAUGUCCUUGAUGAGUUGUCAGGUCAUCUGGAGCAGUUUGGGGAGGAGAGACAGGGAGAAGUCCAGUCUUUGUGUUCUGUCAUGAUUUUCCAUCCCUUCUCUCCUUGCCCCAGCCUGAAAUACAACAAAGUCGGGUAUAGCUUCAAGUGCAUGGUUGGAUAUUUAUAAAUAGUGCUUUGGAAAUGGACGAUGUAUGAAGUUUACUGAAAUGUUGUAUAUACUUAAUCAGGUUCAUUUAUAACAAUUGAGCACUGUAAGGAGGGAGAUGGCUACCAACCAAGGCCCCCCACAUUACAACGAGCUCUUGAAGGACUCAACAUUCUUGAUGCAGCCAAGGUUGUAUACUAUGUAGUACAUGUGCUUCGUGCAUGGCAAUGACGAGUGAUGUC